AUGGCCAAUGGUGGGCUGCAAUGGCAGCGGUGCGCGACGCCGGCAGGACAACGAAAGGGAACAACUCAGAACCUUGCACUACAAGCCCACAAGGGCGGACCAAAUUCAGACUCUGAGACAUCCAUCGAUGCAAAUGAAGCAGCACUAUUGGCCUCCACAAUCCAUGAAGAAGCACCCCCUACUUCAGGAGAAUUACCCCUCGUUUCCCCUUCAGUACCCAAAACUACUCCUUCGGAGUCAGAGAUCAUCCCUAAGAAAAAGCGCAAGGGGAGGAAACUUACCCUUGCUCCUCCCCCCAAGAAACAGGCCCUCUUGGCUCAUGAAGAAAUCACCUCGGAAGUUAACCCUGAGUACUCUCUCGAACAAACUUUGUCAGCUCUUUACCCUUCUCUUUCAACACUGGUGCCUACUCCAACCCAUGACAACCUUCCCUUACUAGGUGGUUCAUCAUCCCCCGAUCCAUCGGCUUCACCUAGGGAAACUCUUAGUGCGUCCGCACAGGAGGAUCCCGCCCUAAUAUCUAUCCUUUUCUUCUUGCCUUCAUCUCAAGCUGCAAUCUCACCUACAUCCCUUCUUCCCUCUACUUUGCCUAUUUUAUUAGGGGAUGAAAUUAUAGAUUCUUGGUCAGAGGCCAAGAAUCGGCUCAGUGAACUUCCUUCCAAGAAAUUGGCCGAUGAAUUUUGCUAUGCACGGACUAAGCAAUGGACAAUGAGUAUGAGCAUGACUCAACAUUUAUAUGACUUGGCCCAAGAAAAUAAAUUGCUCAAGCAACAAAACUCUGAGACAACAUUUGUGAAGACCUACGAGCAAAUAAAAGAGUUAUCUACUCAACUCCAAGAGGCUUGGGAGUUAGCUCGCAUGGAGCUCGAAAAUCCACUCAAUGGAAAACCACCUUGGACUCUAUUGAAACUCAACUUCAGUUAGAAACAAGUGUGUGAGUGAAGGUUUAAGCAGAUUUGGAUGACCAAAUUAUUAGAAAUGUACAACUAUCAACGAAAUUGGAUGAACAACUUGCAAAAAAUGUGCAAUUAUCCACUCAACUGAAGACACUAAAGGUCGCCCAUGAUGCUGAACUAACUAUCAAGGAAAACAAGUUGGCCACUCGAAAAGCUGAGCAAAAUACCUUGAUAUCAGAUUUACAAACUACCCAGAUUGAGAUAAAAAAGAUUCAAACAAAAUUACAAGCCUAUCAAGUGGGAGAAGAAGAGCGCUUUAAAUCUAAGAAACAUGAGCUAUUCCAAACAACGGAAUUCAACACACCAAUUGCCCAUUCUAUUGUUAAUGCCUUGAUACUUGGGGCCAAAGGUGCAAUGGAGCAGCUAAAAGAAGGCGAGUAUCUAGCUUCUGAUCCUCCCGCCAAUUUCUUAGAUUAUGAAUGGAUAACUCAAAAUGCUCUUCCUGACUUGCUUCCCAAAUUUAUGUUAUUUGUUUCCUUUUCUAUUAGCUUGUAAGAUUGGAUAUUUGAUUUCCAAUAUAUACUAUUCUUCUUAA